AUGCUAAGAUACAAUGCAGUACUGGUUCUUACUGAACGAGCCUGUCCUGAAUCCUAUCACCCGCUUUCAGGUCUGCCAGGCCAUCACCACAUAACUGUCUCAGGCUUGCUGGGUUGUAACGACACUGGCUUACAUUUGGAAAAUCGCGCUUGGUGGGGUUGA